GAGAGAGAGAGAAAAACGGUGCCUGUAACAAUAAUGGGAUACACAAGCGCAGAGAAGAACGUAAAGAUGAGUUUAAUAAGUAGUUGAAAGAAGCAACGCUAGGUGGAGCCGCAUACACGUGUAAGUGCGCGUGUUGCGUCCGGGCGGCUAUAGAGCAUCGAAGCGACGAAGGACACAGAAGGGGGGAUUCGCGGGAUUUCAGGCAGUGGCAGGAUUGUAGCGCAGGCGAUGGUGGCGGCUGCCUCCGGUUGUCGUUCGUUGCUGCGAUGCGUUCUUGUUCUAAAUCAUUCACGCGAGUAAAUAUCUAUUGUAACAUGCACUAAGGUAAAUAAAUAAGAAGAGGAAACUAGCGUAGACUAGAGGAGACUGAGCAAACGGAGCGAUCGGAGCACGACAAAGCUGAGUCAGCUGUGAUACAAGUGUAAGGAAAAAGUAUUUACAUCUCGACGGAAAUACGUCCGACGUAUCAGGAUCAGUGGUUUUUAGUGGUGUAAACAAUUAUCGUCAAGUCGUAAGAAUCUUGCAACAUUCGCUACAUCCGCGUCGUAUCUUCCUGUUCACAAGUGUGUUGUGUUGUUAUUUUUCGCGAACGUGCCUCUGUGCGUGUGUAUGUAUGCGUCGAGUCAAUCAGGGAGAAGGCCUCUCCGUACUGUGUUCUGUCUUCUUCAUGUUCGUGUGUGAGUUCGUCAUAAAUCGGCGGACCAAACGGGAAACUGGUUAAGAAGUGCUGUCCCUGGGCAAAAAAAGGAGCGGGCGGGGGAGGGGGGAUUCAGUCGAUAGAGUUUUUAUCGGAGGAAAAAAGUGCGAUAAAUUCGUCUGCAUAUAUGAUGUACUUGUGUAUAUAGAGAAAUCAUUUCAUAGCGCCCAAACCCACCACAGUAACGAAAGGAAGUUGAGUGCGUUCUUUUUCAUUCUCUUGUUUCCAGUGUAUCAUUGUUUUAUCGUUUUCGUAUUCAUGGUGGUUUACCGUUUGUGAUUCAUGUGACGAGUGCUUUUUUUUCGUGUUUCGUGGUAAUAUUGAAUAAAUAAAUAUAAUUGUCGGCCAGCGCGGUGGCGAACGGGCGGGAAUAUGGUUACGAUGUCAAGUGAUACGUGUGGAUACGUCCUUUUCCUUUUGUUGCUCGUUCCAUAUAUCGAAAGUGCUCAACGACUCAACGAGUACGUUCGCCACUACGAACCACUGUCUUAUUCCACCGACGAAGUUCAUCGGAAUCAUCUCAGAGCCAAACGAUCGGUCACACGUGAGAAUUCGUUGAGCCUCAAGUUUCGAUCGCACGGACGUGACUUUCACUUGCGUCUGAAGAGGGAUCUCGCUGUAUUCAGUGAUAACCUUGUGAUCGAGGGACCCUCUGGUGAGAUCGAGGAUCUCGACACCUCCCAUAUCUACGAGGGUCAUUUGAUAGGUGAACCAAACAGUCACGUGUCCGGUAGCGUCAGUGACGGUGUUUUUCAUGGGAAAAUCGUAUCACCUCGUGAUGGAGCGUAUUUUGUAGAAAGAUCGCACUAUUAUCCCGCAGUUCACUCUCAGAAUGAGUCUCACCACUCGGUUAUAUACCAUGAAAAUGACGUUGGUGAUCCUUACGCCAGUGUGAGAGAAGGUGACUCGAGCGGUUGUGGGAUAACGGACAAGAUUGCAGAAUGGAUGAACAAGGUUCAAAAUUCCGGAGAGCCUGAUCCACCACCACCGACAAUCGAAAAAAUAUUAAGAGCGGAAAGACCAAAAGUCGAUCCAUGGAACGGUGAUACCGAGACACCGGGUCACAAAUACUCCAAAGAGGCAAAUAAUCCUGAUCAACAUCGUAGGAGUCGAAGAGCCACAAGGCCCAAAGAAGACAACAAAAAUACGUGCUCACUAUUCAUACAGACUGAUCCUUUCAUAUGGCGCCAUAUAUCCGAACACCUUCGUGGAGAUCCCGAAAAGACGAGAGAGGAAAUUUUGUCUCUAAUAGCACAUCACGUCACUGCGGUGAAUUAUAUAUACAGGGACACGAGAUUCGACGGGAGAAUUGAACACAGAAACAUUAAAUUUGAAGUUCAGAGGAUAAAGAUCGAUAAUGACACCGCUUGCUCACCGCGCUCUGACUCAAAACCCAAUGUGUUUUGUAUGGAAAAUAUCGACGUCAGUAAUUUCUUGAAUCAACACUCGUUGGGAAAUCACGAAGAUUUUUGUCUCGCAUAUGUUUUUACGUAUAGAGAUUUUACCGGCGGGACACUCGGCCUCGCUUGGGUAGCGUCAGCUUCUGGUGCAUCCGGUGGUAUAUGCGAAAAAUACAAAACAUAUACGGAAACGGUCGAAGGAAUGUACCAAUCGACGAAACGAUCACUCAACACUGGGAUAAUAACAUUCGUUAAUUAUAACAGCAGAGUACCCCCAAAAGUUUCACAGCUAACUCUGGCCCACGAGAUCGGACACAAUUUUGGUUCACCGCAUGAUUUUCCUCCUGAAUGUCGACCCGGUGGUUUACAUGGCAAUUACAUUAUGUUUGCCUCUGCGACCAGUGGAGAUCGUCCAAACAACAGCAAAUUCUCAAAGUGCAGUGUAGGAAACAUCAGUAACGUUCUCGAUGCUAUUGAGGAUAACAAAAAACGGAAUUGCUUCACUGCAUCCGCCGGUGCUUUCUGUGGCAACAAGAUUGUCGAGGCUGGUGAGGAGUGCGAUUGCGGUUACGACGAUGUCGAAUGCGUUGACAAAUGCUGUUAUCCACGACAAGUAUCAGACGACGACAAGAGUCACAAGGGUUGCAAAAGAAGAAAGGGCACUCAGUGCAGUCCAAGUCAAGGUCCUUGCUGCUCGAGUGAAACCUGCCAAUUCGUUUCGCUCCACGAUAGAGUGCAGUGUAAAGCCGAGUCCGAUUGUAGUUACAAUUCAACCUGCAAUGGAAGAUCAGCUGAAUGUCCAGUAUCGUUGCCAAAAGCCAAUAAAACUCGGUGUAACGAGGGAACUCAGUUGUGCAUCAACGGAGAAUGUACAGGCUCUAUAUGCCUCGAAUGGAAUUUGACCGAGUGCUUUCUCACAAGUAAUAUCAUACCGAAUAUCGACAAGCGAAAACUUUGCGAAUUGGCAUGUCAGAAUGGCACAGAUGCCAGCACUUGCCGAAGUACAAGUGAAUUCGCUCAAAGUGUUGGGUUGCCUGAUGGUGGCAUAAGUCUUCGGCCGGGCUCGCCGUGUGAUAACUUCCAGGGCUACUGCGACGUUUUUCUAAAAUGUCGUGCCGUCGAUGCAGAAGGUCCACUCGCAAGAUUGAAAAAUAUGCUUUUCAACAAAGAAACACUUCUGACUGUAGCACAGUGGAUGACGGAGUUCUGGUGGGCUGUUCUUUUGAUGGGUAUUGCAUUCAUGAUAUUCAUGGGAAUGUUUAUUAAAUGUUGCGCUGUUCACACACCAUCGAGCAAUCCGAAAAAGCCACCUGCGAGACGUAUCAGUGACACACUCAGAAGGCCAAUGAACACGCUCAGAAGAAUGCGACAUCCACACGGUGGCGGAGGCGGUCCUGGACCUAGAAGUAUACCGCCCAAUCAAAGUCGCGGAGGUCAUGGUACACGGGGACCAUCGCAUGGUUAUGGAGAGGGUAGAGGAGCUCAGUAUUAUCCAAAAGGCUAUCGCUCGGUUCCCACAGCUAGUGCACCACCAAGCGCCCAUUCAGCAGGCAACCACGGCCGUUCCAAUCGCCCAGAACUGUACGCCGGUGCCUAUUCGGGCUCCGGGGGAGGUAGCAGGAGUGCAGCUUACGAGAUGAGACAUCAUCACAACAAGGUGUGACGAUCACAGAACUUCGAGAGCGAUAAUUUAUCUGCAGCCGCGACCCGCAUAGCUCCAUAAUCAGAGAGAAGAUCAACAGUAAAGAAAAUAAGGACGUUGAGAAUAAUGAGUUCUCAUAAAACAACGAUGUCUCAAAACUUAUGAGGACGCGUCAUCAAUGCAAUUUUCGAAUUGGUGAGAAGAAAAAAAAACGUAAUUGAAUUUCAUCGUCAAUUCGAUACGAAAUAUCAAUGAAAAGAAAAACAAAAAAAAAUCACAAAAAAAUGACAAUUUCUUCCGAAAUAAAAUUAUAUUUAAAAAACUACACAUCAGUAAGAAGUGAGGAGUUAACAAAGCGCAUAAAAACAUGUGUAUAACGUGUCAAAACGAAUAGGACGAGAAUAUAUCUUUUCCAAUUAGCCAAAACGAUGAGCUAAUACUCGCUAAUCGAUAUGUACGAUCGUUGCGACGAUUAGACUAAAAUUCACGACUCAGCCAUGGAAAAGUGGCGUUGUCGAUCCGCUUGAAAAAUGUGAUAGGAAAAAUAAAGUAAAACAUGACUGGGAAUGCGGACUGCACAUGAUACAAAAAGGGAGGGAAGGAGAACGAUGAAAAUUGGAAAAUUUCUUCUAUCGGCUUUUUAAGUCGGAUUUAUCAAGGUUUAACACGACACGCUCUGCAUUGGCGCACAGAAGAAGAUCGUAUCGAUGAAUCGUAAAAUGGAAAACCAUUAGGUUAUACCGCAACUUGAACUGAAAUCGCCAUAAUACUCGGCACACAUUGCGAAACAAAGCUGUGAAAAAAAUGAUGAGCAUUUUUAUUUUAUAAUUCAUGGUUCGAUCUUCAAGCGUCAUCAUAAUAUGGGCGUUCAGCGUUACCAAACUAUCGCAGGUCAUUCGUUUGAUCUCUGUACCAUUGUAGUAUAUAUAUAUGUAAUAACAAUUUAACGAUAAUGGUAUUAUUCUUAUACUAAUUUUUAUUAGCCAAUUGAAGCAAACGAGAGUUAACGGGAGGAACAAAACAAACGCAAUUGAAUGAACGAAAGAGAUAAAUACUGGAACAUUAAAGAAACGAAGGAAGAACAAUUUUCUAUAAAUGUUAUCAAAAAAAAGAAAUUGCUAUAAUUUACAUUUUUUUUUCAUUCAUUAUUAAUACGAAUCACCGAUGUUUCUAACCAUUGUUAAAUAUUGCUCUUUAUUAUUUAAUCGAUUUAAUUAUAGCGCAAGAACAAAUCCAUCACAUACCAUACAAACAAAAAAAAAAUUGUACAUUAUAUUGUAAUAGUUGUUGGUGUUUCUUUUUUUGUUUUGUUUCGAUUUUUUUUUCUCAUUUUUGCAAUAACGGGAAAUGCACGGCAUUUGCACUGUAUGCAACGGCCAUGGCGGACCAAAGAAGAAAGGAGAGACAGAAAGAGAAAAACCCUCUUGUGGGUGCUAAUUAGAUUCUGUCUGAGGCACGUUCUACAUAUACAUACAAACACAUAUACAUAUAUAAAUAUAUAUUAAUUUUUUUUCGUUUUUUUUUCAUUUUUUUUCUAAUCUUCGUUUUCACAUCCGACCGACGAGUCAGUGUUCCGUACCCCCACUUUCCGUUGCCGGGGUUACUUGUGAAUUGAGUCGAAUUAUUGAACAAUCUAUUGCCGCCUAAUUGCGCAGUCGCAUUUAAUAACAUAUAAACGUGUAUUUCGUCGAUAUUUUUAACACAGCUCUUCUUGUUUUAGCAUUUUACUGGCGGCUCUAUCAUGUUCAAUGUGACAAUGCAUUUUUUAAAUAGUUUUCACAACUGUUAAUUGAAUAUAUAAUAUAUCUUUCACUCGGUCAAUUUUAUAAUUUUACAAUGUUGAACAAUUUCAUGGAAGACACGAAAAAAAACACGUUAAUCCGAAUAAUCAGUCAUUGACGUUGGCAUCCUCGGAAUGCAGUGAAUCAAUCUGAGAAGAUCGAAUUUUCAUAGAUGUUUUCAAUUCGUAUUUUGGAAAUUGUGGAUGUAAAUUCAAUGAUUUCAAUAUUUUUAUUGAAACAAGUUUUGUCAGCAUUCCAAUGAAAUAAAAUCGAUCAGAAUUUUUAAAAUCCGCAAAAAAACAAAUAAUAAGACUGAGCAUUUUCCAAUACGAAGAAUUUUUUCAAUACGAAUUAUUCAUCUUUUCUUAUUGACCGUGAAUCAUUAGCAUUAAAGGAAAAACAGAAAAAUUGAAGAUUCUUUGACGAGCUUUUGAAAACAAUUUUUCUUUUGUAUAAAUUGUCUUCUGUAUAAAUUGUAAAACAGUGCCGCCGCCGCCACCACAUUAUUUACAUUCUCAUUCUUCGACGCAAAGAAAACAACAAAAAGCCUUUGUGAAUUAUUGUUAUUUAUACAUGAAGUUGUUUCCCUGAGCCAAAACCGCCCUAACGAGUCAGAUACGACUCAAUGACUUUGAUAGCAACUGGGCAAAAAUAGAAGGAGAAAAAAAAAUAAUAAUUUAAAUUGCGAGUACUCGUGCAAUUUUAUUUCCACUUGACAUAGCCGUUCGUUCAUUUUAAGCACAAUUUAAAGAAAGACGGAGAGGUCGUACUGAAUUAAUCGAUUGCAACUAUUUUUCUAUGCAUAUUCUAUGGAUAUGAUAGUUUUCUCUGGCUUGACUACGUUAUAUUAUUUAUUAUUUUUUUUUGUUCGUUCAAUUUUUUUCAAUGAGUCAUCAAGAUUCGUGCGCUCGUGAUUUUUCGAAAACGACAACUUUCCAAGAGGAAAAAGAUUGAUAUGGUAAUCAUUAUUCGGUAACGAGGAAAAAACAAACAGCAGACACAUGCAAAGUAUUUCGAACCAAAAGAAAAACUAAUUUUUUCGGGUGGUGGAAAGGAAGAUAUACAUAUAGCCAGCCAAAUUGCUACAAUCCGAGUUUGCGGGUCAUGUGAAAAUGUAAAAUAGACGCAAUGUGAUUAUUGAAGCGAAACGUACGAGAGAAAGAGAAAAAAAUGAGAAAGAUAGUGGGGCAAGAUUGAUAGACGAUGUGAGAAAAGAAAUGAUAAGAAUAGCAGAGCAAUUUUUGUCUGUUGACUAUGCACUCGUUUAUGUGUGAGCGUGUGUACGUGUGUAAGAAUGCGUCUGCUACGUGUAAAUGUGAGCUGUAAACGUACAUGGUUUACGGGACAUUUUGACGAGAACAUGAUAUAUUAGAGGAACGAAAGCAAUGAUGGGAUUACCUGUGUACAUAAUAACUGACAUUAUACAUAAACGAUUAAUUAUAAAUACCUAAUUAUAAUGGUAAAUGCGAAUAGGAAUACUUGUUUUUAUAUCAGAUCUGUAUUAUAGCGCGAUAUUAUUCUGUAUUUUGUAAUCAGGAAUGGAGACAAGAUUGAUUAACGAACAUUAGAACAAGAGGAUGAAAAAUAUGAAAAAAAAAAAAAAUAGUUGCCGUUUAACACGUGUAGCUUUAUGCGAAAGUCAAGAAAACAAGUUGCAAGGAAACCAUGCGUAAUGAUCAUUCUUCGAAAAUUUCGACGCCCGUUUGCGAUGUUAAAGCUUCACGACUUAUGCGAACGAGAUUUAUUGUUCAAAAAAUGCCCUCUCAUUUUUCUAAUUGAUGUACUAAAAAUGAAAGUCACCUAAUCGUGCCAAUGUGUCACUUCCCUUCGUUCAAUCUUCCACGAAAAAUUGAGAUAAAAUUAAUUUCAUUUCACAAAUCGAAAAUGUGAUGAAUACAAGUAAUCAUUUUUGUUGAGUUCCAUACCAUAUCAAGUUUUUUGGCUUUUCUAAACCAAGGAUCUGUAAUAGUAUAUUACACACCUAGGGCAGGAAAAUAAGGAAAGUCGACUUCGCCUCGGCCGACAAUUACAUGUGGUCUGAGGCUUUACUUUUUCCUGCACGAGGUGUGUAUACGAUUUUUCUGUCCGACGCAGGCGGAGUGCGGCAACUUCGGCCCGGAGGGCAGAAAAAUUCGUUUCUGUUCUACUAAAAAUAUUAAAAUUCAUUUUUUGACUUCAGACAAAGCGAGAUGAGAAAUUGAAAGGGUUAUUUAUAAAAAAAGGACGAAAAUUAAUUUCAAUGCAAUGGCAUGAAUUGUCGACAACAUUUGACUCACAAGUCACAAGUUCGUUGUAAUCGUUUGUUUAGUGUCGUAGAGCAUUAGCUAUCGCAAAUGAAGACGCAAGUCGAAGUCUGCAUGACUGAAGGGACAAACAAGAAAUGAAACGGCACGAAAUCAUAUAAAUGUUUAAACGUUUAUCGUAGAUGCAACGAGAGUCCCUAGCACCAUUCAAUAUAAUUAGGAAUGUACUUUUUUUUUUUAAAUUACAACCGUUUUUCAUAACUGUAUCGACGAAAUUAGCUAAUUUUCUACAUACGUCGAGAAUUGUGUGCCGAAAAAUUGACAGAACAAAAUGAAAUAUAGAUUUCUUCAAUAGAGACAAACUGAUGAAAGAAAAUUUCAACAUGAACUGCCAAAUUGAUGCAGCUGCACAAACAAGUUGUAAAACUGCAAAAGUUUAAAUAUAGAUGAUCUUAUCCGUGAUUUCGAAAUUCCACACUGCCAAGCAGUUUAUUGCCUACAUGAAUUUUCAUUUUCUAACAUUUUUUUCAAAGGCUCGAGUUUCCUUCUAUUGGCUUCCAAGACACUGCCGAGCAGCUUACUAAAAAGCUGUAACUAUAUCGAUAUCUCUCGGGAUCCGGUUCUGAUAAUACAUUAUAUAAUUAUAGGUAUCAUUAAUUAUUAAUCAUGCACGAGCCCGUACCUCUGACUGUUUCAAUUCCAUUAUUGAGAAAGGGCAAAAAAAUGUACUCUUUUUUUUUUGUUACCAUCAUUUAUUCUCAUCAACGAUGGCAUGUUUUGAGCUUUUGCAUGAAAUCUUCUAUUUUGUUACAAGAUAAUAUUCCAGUCAUUGAUUAUCUCAUAUAAAAUAAUUCUAAAAUUAGUCGAUAGCUUAGAGAAUUCUCUUUAAAAUAAAUUAUUUCUUUCUAAUUGACGAAAAUACACUUGUAUUGAUUUAGAAUAACAAAACCAAUUGAAGGAUUCUCCGUUCGCAAUUGAGAUAUUUAAUUAUACGGAUAUUUCAUUUCUAGAACCAACCACGAGAUGUAAUUUACAUAAAAGCUUUCCGUAAAAAGUGUUUGUUUUACUUUUCCGUUUAAAUUUGAAUUUAUCUGUAGCCGCGUCAAGAGCCAAAUAAUGCCUGCGUGGCUCCGAGGAUUGAAUGGGGCAAAAGCUCUCGUUGUUAGAAUAUCGAUUGCGUGAGGGGUUUUUGCGUGCGAGCUACUCGGCGAUAAGAAAUAUUUCCUCGAUUAUCUGUCCCCCUUUCCACUUAAAACUGUCUAUUAAUCUGCGCUUAGGCUUCUCGUUCCAAUUGUGACGCGAUGCACCAUAUAUCCCCCUAUCACAUGUACAUAAUGUCAAAGAACGAAGAGAGAAGAAGAGAAAAAAAAAGAAGGAAAGAAAAACAACAAAAAAAGAUAAAUUACAUAUUAUAUUUUUUCUAUCAAUCCAAAAAACGUGGUGACCUAUCGACAUCGUGCAUCCUCUGGAAUUAUUUCGAGCUAUUGAUUUUCUUUCUCUUUCUCUUCGUCGAUUGUAAACAUUUUGUGCAUACUUUUUGAUUCAUGAAAAUUUCGUUUCCUUAAACUGUCAUGAAAAAUUGAAAAAUUUGUUGCUCGGAUAUCGCAAAACACCAUGUGGCCUUCCCUUGCUACAACAGUCUUCUCCCACUUUCAGUCCUUCCUUUCUUCCUCUUCAAUGUUUUUUCUAUUUUUUUUUUUAUCCUACAAUAAAUUACAAUUCACUCAUACGUUCUAUUUAUUGCGCAUGAUACUGACCAAUCGCCCUGAUGUAGCCUAAAACUACUUUCACAUUUCACACCUGACCCUCAACGAACCCCAAAUGUUUAGGACAUGGCGUGUUUUAAGGAUAUAUAAAUUAAAAAAAAAAAAUAAAAUAAAAUAAAAAAUAUGAUUGUGAAUCUCUUUUGUGCUACGUUAAUGUGAUUAUAUUAAAAAAAAAGAAAAAAAAAGAAAAAAUACUGUAAAGAAUUGAAAAUAAAGCAUACAUUUUACAUUUCUGGCGUA